AUGACGAGCCUCAGCUACAGCUGCAUCGCCAACGGGCGCGCCGUGCUGGCCGAGCUCAGCCUGCGCGGGGGCUGCUUCCGGGUACAGACCUCCCCCUCCCGCGGGAACAGCGCACCAGCUGCUUUGGGGGCCGCGCUGACCCGGGGCUUGGCUUCUAUUUGCAAAGCUUUCAUUGGUAGCCCCUUGAUAUCACAAGUGACCUUUGCUCAUCCUUUUGAAUUCAACGCAGAUUUUCAACAGGUGCUGGGGAAAUACAUGAUGGAGUACAAUAGGAGAUUAGAUGACAUUACAAUUUCUACCCUGCAAAUUCAAGUUGAUGAUGUCAAAAAUGUUAUCUCCCAAAAUGUUGAUAAUGUUUUGCAAAGAGGAGAAAAGCUGAGUGACCUUGUUGACAGAACAGAUGAUCUCCAAAUAGAGGCUCAUUCUUUCCAAAAAACCACCACAAAGAUUUCCAGGAAGAUGUGGUGGAAAAAUGCCAAAAUGAUGAUAAUUAUUGGAGUCCUUCUACUUAUUAUUUUAAUAUUUAUCAUUCUCCUAGCUACAGGUGUUAUUCCAACAUAA